UUUUGAGUGUUUUCUCCAUUCUUCAUUUUACUCUCAGGUCCUCACAGUUAACUUCUGUAUGCAUUAUGGAUGGAAACGCUAUUAGAUACACACUUCUCCUCGGGUUGUGUGUCCUCCCUCCAUGUUUUCCACAAGUGUAUCAUGUUGUAAAUGAAAGAAAGAGCUGGACUGAAGCCCAGAGGUACUGCAGGGAAAAAUACACAGACCUGGUCACCAUCAGCAGCAUUGAAGACAUGGCCCGGGUGAAGGACAUACUCAAAGACGAAACUGAUGAAUUCUGGAUUGGGUUGUAUGGUGACGUUAAUAACUGGAAGUGGUCUCUGGAAAAGGAUGGAUUUUAUGAAAAAGGACAGGCUGAUUUUAGAAAGUGGAACUCAGGGGAACCAAACAAUGCUGACGAUCAUUUUCUGUGUGCUGAUAUACAACAACAAGCUGCAUGGUCUGACUACUGGUGCACUUAUGAUAGACCGUUUGUCUGCUACAGCGGCUCAGCUCCAAAAUACAUCUAUGUGACGACACCAAUGUCUUGGGACAAAGCUCAACUUUACUGCAGGGAAAACUACACAGAUCUGGCCAGUGUGAGGAACACAUCCGAGAACAACGAAAUCAAUGUGCUUGUGGAUGACUACGCAUGGAUUGGCUUGUACAGAGAGUCUUGGAGGUGGUCAGACGGUCAGCGCAUGAAGAUGACUUCAUUCCGUAACUUCAAUACGAGUCAAUCAAUAAAAGUCCAGAGCUCCUGUGUGACUACAACAAAGAGUAUGUGGAAUAUAAGACUCUGUUCCAGCACAUAUCCUUUCAUCUGUAACGGACCUCCUAAGAAGAUGAGGGUGGUAAAGAUUAUGUUGUCCAAAUCAGAUUCCUCGUUGGACCUGGAAAAAUCGCAGGAUGCCGUUUUGCAGCAGCUGAACCUCAAACUGAAGGACUAUGGCUUUGAAGACGUCAAGCUGAAAUGGAUCAAACAUUCUGAUGGGAAGACGUUUCACUUGGAAAAGAAAGGAGACAAAAAGAAAAAGGGGUAACAACUAGAGGUGCACUGAUUGCAGAUUUCUGGCCGACCACAGAUCUAUUAAAACUCCUGACCUGAUUCUGAUUUUGGCCGAUACCAAUUUUUUUUUGUCUAAAAUGUUGCAGAAAUCAAUGCAACUAAAUAUAAAUGCAUGGAUGAUAUUUUGCUGGAAUAUUUAUCCUUUAAUCUUAAUGUUCUUCGGGUGAUAAAAGACUGACUUUGCAAUUGAUUUUAUGUGUCUUUGAAAGUUCAGGUCUGAGUUUUACAUCUGUUUGGGCCUCAUUAGCUGUUGCUAGCUGUAAUAACUGUCCUAUGUGCUGGACUUUGGUUGCUCCUCCUUUAGUUUUGUUUCUGUUCAGCUGAAGAAAGUUUUGCCACAUUCAUGCAUUAAUUUACUUUAAGCAUCUAUUUCGUGCUUGGCAGGAUUCAGAGUCACCUGAUGACAUCAUAAUGGAGAGCUUUGUAGCAUAUCCACAGCUAUGGUAGCUAAUUGUCAGCAGUUAUUGACCUAAGACUCUCUGAUCAUUUGUUAUGGAAGAUAAGAGGGUCAUUUCAGAGAAUAUGCUCAAAAUUAUGCUUUUCAUUUAAAUUAUGAUCCUAUAAAUGUUUGGAUGAUGAUGGAUUUGUGGCCACAACACUUCCUAAGGACUCUGUCCUAACUGGUCACCUGUCAGACCCUCAGCCUCCUCUUCCUGCUGGACUGUCCACACACUCUGAAGGUUAUUACUUUCUUCAUGCUGAUUAGGUUCAGAUGAAUGCACGCUUUUGUCCGGCCCGGUUUCCCACGACCCGGCAUUCGCCUGGCAGUCGCGUGGCUCUGAUACAGGGGACCCCAGCUUUGAGGUGGGGUGAGGGGGUGAGUGAGACGAGGGGAGAGGACAUCUGGCCGGUCUGACAUCUGCUAGCGGCAAAUGUUACCCGGAAAUGUUUUUAAGCUCAGAAUAUGAUCAAAGCAAGAAGUGAAGACACCCCUUAUUCUUCCAACUGUGGAUCAAGGUGGAUUUCAAAGAGAUCGUGACACACUACACCAAUUAUCAUCAGUGUAUUUAUGUGGAAUUAUAGACCAACACAAAGUUGCCAUAACUGUAAAGGAAAAUGUUGUUUCAAAUGUUUUGUACAAA